AUGGACAACUCAGACUAUUCAAUUCCUUCUGACGCUUCUGUCCUCCUCAAAAUUGAAAUGGCUACCCGGACUUCCGCCAGGGCGCAGGCCACGGCCGAGUUCCUAAGCGCCCCGUGGCGGUUCGCCACGAGACAGACCUACAACAAGGAAAGAAACCAAGACGGUGUGAUUUCUUUCGCAUUAGCCGAGAAUAGACUCGUUGUUCAGGAUAUACGAGACUUUGUCAAUCGCAAUGUGACGUUCGAGGUCAACGACUUCAACUAUGGCACCACAUCUCGCUUCCCGAAAGCGCUGGCGGCGCAUCUCACCGAGUAUCUGCACCCGAGCCUCCCCAUUGAGCCGGAGCACAUCCGCUCGACAAGCUCCUGCACCGCCUUGCACGACAUGCUGGCGUGGGCCGUAGCCGACCCCGGCGACGCCAUUCUCCUCAACCGUCCCAUCUACGGGCGCUUUGAGCUCGACUUUACGAACCGCGAGCAGGUCAAGAUCCUGUAUGCCGACACUGAUGCCGAGACGUGUCUGCAAGUCAGCGCCAUCCAAAUGUACGAGGAGGCCUUGGCCGACGCCGCAGCGUCCGGUAUCAAGGUCCGCGCCAUCCUCAUCGUCAACCCCAACAACCCUCUCGGCCAAUGCUACCAUCGCGACACGCUGGUGGCCCUCAUGAAGCUCUGUCAGCGCCACCAGAUCCACCUCAUCAGCGACGAGGUCUACGCGUGCUCCGUCUUCGACUCGGACGAGCCCGAGGCGACGCCCUUCACCUCAAUGCUCUCCAUCGACCCGCGCGGCCUCAUCGAUGCCGACCUGCUGCACAUCGAGUACGGCUUCGCCAAGGACUUUGCCGCCGGCGGCAUGAAGCUCGGCGCGCUCGUCUCGCGCAGCCAGCCCGUGCUGCGCGCCCUCGACUCUCUCAUGCGCUUCCACACGCCCUCCGGCCCCGUCCUCAACAUGGCCUGCGCCCUGCUCGAGGACCGCGCCUGGUGCCGCGCGUACAUUGACGCCAUGCGCCGCCGCACCAAGGAGGCGCACGCACAUGCCGCGAAAGCGCUGCGCGCCGCGGGCAUUCCCUUCCUCGCCGGCUCUAACGCCGGCUUCUUUGUCUGGAUCGAUCUCUCAGCGCACCUGCCGGAGGAUCUCGACGGCGAGGCCAAUGCUGAGUUUGCGUUUGCCAAGAAGGCCCUCGCCGCGGGUGUCUUUGUGCAGCCCAAGGAGGAGCAUGACAACAAGGCCGGCUGGUUCAGGCUCGUGUACACCCAAGACCCAGACAUCAUCACCGAGGGCAUCCGAAGACUCAAGAGCGUCAUGAAGUCGGCGUAG